AUGGAUAUUACAUUGUAUGGAAACAUGCAGGUUGUCGACAACGACACCAUCUUGAACUUCUCCUUCGUCAAUCAUCAAACGAGUGAUAAUCACCUAUACCAAGUCCCUGUGGAGGUCAUAGCCUUACUUUCGUUUUGCUACGGCAGCAUAUCCCUGGUGUCCGUCAUUGGAAACGCGUUCGUCCUGUGGGUGGUGGCAACAUCUCGCAGGAUGCGUACUGAGACCAAUUACCUUAUCGCGAACUUAGCCAUCAGCGAUAUAAUUAUCGGAUUAUUCAGCAUUCCGUUUCACUUUCAAGCGGCACUUCUUCAACGCUGGCUGCUACCGCGUUUCAUGUGUGCGUUUUGUCCUUUUGUGCAAGUGGUGUCAGUAAACGUCUCCAUCUUCACGCUGACGGCGAUUGCUGUGGAUCGUUAUCGCGCGAUAACGUUACCGUUAAAAGCGAGAUUGAGCUCAAAACUUACGGCUCGUGCCUUGAUAAGCGUCAUAUGGGUGGUGUCGAUGGUGGCUGCGACUCCUUACGCCGUGGCGCUGAGAGUGACCCUGGUGUUCGAUGAUAGCAGUGGUGAUGUCACGAGACCCUUUUGCAGCAACGUGGUGAUCUCGCAAUACUUGUGGAGGUUAUACAAUAACGUGUUGGUGAGCGUACAAUAUUUUCUGCCGCUCAUGAUAAUAUGUUACGUGUACGACAAGAUAAGGAGGCUGUUGAAGUAUUCCACGGUACCCGGCAAUCCAGAGACAGUUCGGGAUGCCAUUGUUGUGCGAAACAAGAAAAAGGUGACGAAAAUGAUGAUUAUCGUCGUAGUGAUCUUCGCGGUCUGCUGGAUGCCGUACCAAACGUACAACAUUCUCACGGAGCUUUAUCCUAGGAUAAACCAAUACCGUUACAUCAACGUUAUUUGGUUCUGCUGCCAUUGGCUGGCUAUGAGCAACUCCUGCUACAACCCAUUCAUCUACGCUAUCUAUAGUGAAAAAUUUAGCGCAGAAUUUCAUUCGCGCAUCCGAUGCUGUACUCGACGCAAACAAGACGAAGCGAUGGCGUACGGCCAAUCAUCCAUCAUGACUCAGUUGUCAGUGCGCCUGCAGAUAUGAAGUACAAGAUCCCACGCUGCUGUCGCUGUAAAACGUGUGGAACCUAGGGUGCACGGUGCACGAAAUACCAGGUCCAACAACAGGUAACGUGUACAACAUGCGGUCUUUACCGGCAACGUGUCUGCGAGACCUCUGUGUUGCGGGGUGAGAACUUCUGGACCGUUCGUGCAGAAAGUAUGGAGUGCUUCGACCAGCGUGGCAUCUCUACAUGGUUGUGACACAUGCUGUGAUGUGGAGAGUUACUUAGACUCUAUCGAUUGUAUCACUGGUUUUGUCAUCUGCGAUCACAUCAUCUCAGAGUGAGGACGUGUUUGAGCGCCAUUUUGUGCCUCUUCUUUCAGGUUCUUGUGCGACGCCUUCUAGAUUAAAGAAGGCCUGCUCGA